AUGCAACCUCUAAAUCCAUUCCUGAGCGCCUUCUUCAAGAGCUCCACCCCGACACAGUGUCAUCCCAUCGCUCACCACAUCCUCCUCGUCCCCGCAACCGAUGUGCUCCUGUCUAGUCACGACACAGAGAGCGGCGCCCCCGCCGCCGAGGUCGUCGCCUCCGACGACUUCCUGGGAAGCCACGUCCUCCGCAUCCCAGGGGCGACGAGACCGGCCGGGCCGGGGGUUAAGGAGUCUGUCCAGAACCUGCGCGAUGUGAGGGGCAAGGCCAAGCCGUACAACACUAUCAACGGGCGGAGCGUCGUGAUCAAGGACAAUGUUGUCUAUAGUAAUAAGGGGUUCAAGUCUUUGGCCCAGGCCAACAUUGUCAGCGAUGCGAUAUGGUACGCGGAUACACUCGAGCCGAAGCCCUGGCUGGUAUACUACAUCUCGAAGCCUCUGAUUGGGACGUGGGAGGAGAGCAAGGUGCCACCGGCGCUUCUCCUGGGCGCCGCGGUGGUCCUCGGGCAGGAGAGAGCGAAGGCGGCCGAGGCCAGUGACGCGGUGGAUCUGCCCAAGAAGAAGGAUAUCAAGAGUUUCCACGAGCUUCUCAACCAUUUCCCAGCCAUUGCCAGGCAGAUGCAGUCCGGGCUAGAAAAGAUCUUCCGAGAGUUCAGCCUGGUCUUUGAGAAGCAACUCCCCCCGCCGCCCUCAUCAACGUACAUACCAGACCCGAUCCCGGACGGCCCCAUCACAACAGCGACGAGGAAAGCAAGGUCCAAUAGCAGCUCAUCGGUUAAUUUGCGGCCGUCGUCGGACAGCCUCAGCGGGACCUGGGCCAGCGAUGAGGACGACGAGAAUGUGAUGCGGAUUGCCUUGGAGACCGCCGUCACCACAGCUAUCGACCUCUUUCAAAAUGUGGACAAGCAGCAACUGUCACUCCUGGGGGCCACGACGGACCUGACCGGCCCCGUGGUCGAGAAGCUGAUCGAGCGCUACGUUGCAGAGAAUAUUCACCACUUGCUCUUCCCUCGCAUCCUCGCCCUCAAGCGACAAGAGGAUCUAGAGCUUGAGGCUAAGAUCCGCCAGAUGGAGUUUAUUGACAUUUCCCAGCUGGGUAUUGCCAUUGAGGGCGGUCUGCGAGGCAAGCAUGAAGUCACCAUCGCGCUUGGGCGCGCUGUCGAGGAGUUCAAAAAGAUUCCAAGUGGCUCGAGUCCGCAGGAGAUGCUCGAUACGCUACUGUCCACAGUCAAAUUGGCAACGCAGCUGGCAGAAAUGCCGCACCCUUCAACCGAUCCGACCUCCGCUUCUACCUCGUCGUCCGAAAAGCCUUUUAUGACCGUCAACGCCGACACACUGGUCUCACUACUGCUGUACGUAGUCAUACGAGCCCAGACGCGCCACCUGCAAGCCAGAUUUAUCUACAUAAGGCACUUCAUCUUUAUCGAAGACGUAGACAGCGGCGAGAUUGGCUACGCUCUAAGCACCUUUGAGGCGGUGCUCUCCUAUCUCAUCCAGGAUUCUGCCGGGCUCCGCAGAGCGAGCCGACGCAACAAGACACUAUGGGAAGCUACCACCAAGGGCGACCUGGCGGAGCUGCGCCGGAUCAUUGAACCACCCGAUCAGGGAGAGGAGGGCGAGAACGAUGAGGCACUAGAUUUCGCCGACGCCGACUUGUCAUCCUCGAGCCGCAGGCUCUCGUCUAGCAGUGGGUGGAGCUUCACUAACGGCUCGUCCCGUCGCUCGUCCAAGAGGUCGUCCAUCGAUCUCUCCGCGUCGGAGCGGUUCUCCUCCGGCUCGGGCCUAAGCCAUGUGUUCCCCUUUCAAGUGGACGAGACUUGCACAGGUGGCAGCUUCCCCGUCAUUGUCCCCAAGAGGAUCAAGAGAGUGGCCAUGGACACGAGAAGCAUGUCGAGCGGCUCGGAAAUCUCGUUUCGCUCGCGGGCUACGAGCAUCGGUACCAUUGGCAGUACCUUGGAAGCCGACACGUCUAUCGAGCGGCUCUCCCAGACCCAGGACUCCUUUGGCGAAUCUAUCCUCAUGAUGGCUAUCCAACACGAGCAAACUGAGACUCUGCGAUACUUUCUCUCCCUCACUGAAUACUACACUCCCGAAUUCGUCUUGGACGACAUGAAUCACGAAGAUACGACUCUGUUCAGCGCUGCCGUUCAGCUCGGCAACCGGGACAUCAUCUCUCUCAUCCUCAAGUACCUCGCCGACUCGCCCCACGUCGGCGCCGAUAGACUACGAAAAUACUUUGCCGUGCAGGACAUCUGGGGGCGCAGCGUAGCGCACUAUCUUUUCAAUGCACCCUUCUUAAUGGCGACCUAUGGAAGAAUGCUGCCCUGGCGGCAAAAAGACAAGAAUGGGCAGACGCCCCUAUUCGCGCUCUGCCGCUCCUACGACCACGCGACUUACCGCUCGAUGGUGGAAGAGGCGCUCGAGGUCGCGCGGGUGACACAAGAAGAUGGGCAGCCUCUCCAUCUGGAUGACCAUGUCGAUGGCAAGGGCAACACGCUCCUCCACAUCGUAACAGAUGCUCAGCUGGCGCUGCGGAUUUUGCAGACCUGCGACGUCAACGUCAAUGCUGCCAACGAUAAGAAAUUUACACCCCUGAUGGUCGCCAGCAAAUAUGGACGAUUGGAUAUGGUUCGCACACUAUUUGGAGAUCCGCGUGUGGACGUUGCCGCCAGGGAGCUGCGAGGGCUGACAGCCGUAGAACUGGCCAAGGACGACGACGUGCGUAACAGGAUUGACGACUUGACUCUCUUUAGCAUGCCGCCCGGGGCGGACUCGCGCACGACUGCCGUUGUCCGGUCCUACUUUGUGGAGGACGCGAGCGUGCGCUUCGUGCUCAAGUCGGGCGCGCCAGUGGACAAGGUCAGCUAUGCGGUCACAACGUGCCGCCGGUCGCUCACAGAUUUUGAGCACCUCGCCAAGCUGCUCGCCAUGGAAAACCCAGCCUCGUGGAUACCUAACAUCACGGGAUUGCGCUCCCCAUUCCAGAUCCCGUCCAAGCCCAGCCGCGCGACCCUCAAGGACCUGCAGGUGCGGAUGGACUGGUUCUUGCGCAUACUGCUGAGCCACCCAACCUUUGCGACGCACGAGAUGCUCUGGGAAUUCUUCCUGGUGCCGGACCUGCAGCUGGACAUGAUGGAGCAGAGGAGCAAGCUCAAGGCCGAGACGAGGGCCGAGAAGGUCCGGGACGAGUAUGAGCCGGUCCAUGACGUGCGAGAGGUCGAGCAAUUUGUCGACCACGCCCGCGACAUGGUUCGUGGGGUCAAUUACUUCACCAAGAGCGUGGCGAGGCGGAGCAAUGUCAUCGCUCUGGUAGGGAAUGAUCUCUAUGACAUCUCGCUCUUGGUUCCUCGGCGGACCGAGCACCUAGGUUUCUUGCCCGAAGCGCACAUCGCGGCGCUGGAGGCAUACGCGGCCGCGCUGCAGCCGUCUCAGUCAAACCCGUACGCGGCCUUUCACGCCACCGCACUGGCCAUGCAAUCGACCAUCGACGCCAUCCUCAUCGCCCUCGCGCGCCCGCCGAAGCUGAUCAACCAGAUCUCGGCGACGCGGAGGCAGGCGGAGCGCGACUUUAGCUCGCUGAACCGGUCCACGCGGUGGCCCCUGGGCCUGCUGGACGACACGCGGCAGCGCAUGAACGAGGAGCGGGAGCAGAGGGGGAGGCAGGCGCAGACGCAGGCCGACGACCUCAGCAGGGAGCUGCGCUACUCGCAGCAGACGGUGGCGAGCGAGCUCGCCGGGUGGCAAGAGAUGCACGAGAGGCAAGGGCGCAGGGCGGUGCGGGAGCUGGCGAGGGGGGUGCUCGUGCUCGAGCGCAUGAGGCUCGAGGGGAUGAAGAGGGCGCUGAGGAAAGUCAGGAAGUUGGACGUGGCGAGUGCUAGUGGAGAGACUGGCGGUGAUACUGAUUAG